UGAGAGAAAAGAGGGAGCGGCCCGGCGGGGGCCCGGCGGAGGCUAGUCGGCGUAAGCUAGCCGGCACCUCGGCCAUGUCACUGCUCUGUGUGCGCGUUAAAAGAGCCAAAUUCCAGGGUUCACCAGAUAAAUUUAACACAUAUGUGACCCUGAAAGUACAGAAUGUGAAGAGCACAACUGUAGCAGUUCGAGGCGAUCAACCUUCCUGGGAACAAGAUUUCAUGUUUGAGAUCAGUCGUCUGGACCUGGGUCUAAGUGUGGAGGUAUGGAACAAAGGGCUGAUAUGGGACACCAUGGUGGGGACCGUGUGGAUUGCACUGAAGACAAUUCGUCAGUCAGAUGAGGAAGGGCCCGGUGAGUGGUCUACAUUGGAGGCUGAGACAUUAAUGAAAGAUGAUGAGAUCUGUGGAACUAAAAACCCAACUCCUCAUAAAAUCUUGCUUGAUACAAGAUUCGAGUUGCCUUUCGAUAUCCCAGAGGAGGAAGCCAGAUAUUGGACCUACAAAUUGGAGCAAAUCAAUGCCUUAGGAGCUGAUAAUGAGUAUUCUAUUCAAGAAGAAAGCCAGAGGAAGUCCUUGCCCACUGCUGCCGCCCAGUGUUCCUUUGAAGACCCUGAUAGUGCCGUCGAUGACCGAGACAGUGAUUAUCGCAGUGAGACCAGCAAUAGCAUCCCACCUCCUUACCAUACGACUUCCCAGCCCAAUGCUUCUGUGCACCAGUUUCCUGUGCCUGUGCGAUUGCCACAUCAGCUACUGCUUCAGGGCAGUUCCCGGGAUUCUUGCAAUGACUCUAUACAGAGUUAUGACCUUGAUUAUCCAGAGCGUCGGGCCCUCAGCCCCACCAGCAGUAGUAGGUAUGGCUCCUCCUGUAAUGUGAGUCAAGGAAGCUCUCAGCUGAGUGAACUAGACCAAUAUCACGAACAAGAUGAUGAUCGUCGGGAGAGGGAUUCAAUUCAUUCCUGCCACAGCUCUGGUAGUCUCUCCAGAGAUGGCCAGGCUGUCUUUGGAGAACAAGAAAAAGCCUUGGAAGUUACAGGUGAAACAGAGAAGGGGAGAGCUUGUGAACCCAAAGAGAUGAGAGAAGAUGCCAUAGCCCAUCCUCCCCCAGAUCUGGUGCUACACAAGGACCAUGUCCUAGACCCCCAGGAGAGUUUUCCUGAGGAGAAUGCAUCUUCACCAUUUACCCAAGCCAGAGCACACUGGAUCCGAGCAGUGACCAAGGUCCGACUCCAGCUGCAGGAGAUUCCAGAUGAUGGUGACCCUUCUCUGCCUCAGUGGCUUCCAGAAGGGCCAGCUGGAGGGCUCUAUGGCAUCGACAGCAUGCCAGACCUACGCAGAAAAAAGCCAUUACCACUUGUCAGUGAUCUGUCACUGGUCCAGUCCCGGAAGGCAGGGAUUACUUCGGCAAUGGCUACACGUACCUCUCUUAAGGAUGAAGAGCUGAAAUCCCAUGUUUAUAAGAAAACCCUGCAGGCCUUAAUCUACCCCAUCUCAUGUACCACACCACACAACUUUGAAGUCUGGUCAGCUACCACCCCGACCUACUGCUAUGAAUGUGAAGGCCUACUCUGGGGCAUUGCCCGGCAAGGCAUGCGCUGCAGCCAGUGUGGGGUCAAGUGUCAUGAGAAGUGCCAGGACCUGCUCAACGCCGACUGCCUGCAGCGGGCUGCAGAAAAGAGCUCUAAACAUGGAGCUGAGGACCGGACACAGAACAUUAUCAUGGCCAUGAAGGACCGCAUGAAGAUCCGAGAGCGAAAUAAGCCGGAGAUCUUUGAAGUUAUCAGGGAUGUCUUCACAGUGAGCAAAGUAGCCCACGUGCAGCAGAUGAAAACAGUGAAGCAGAGUGUACUGGAUGGCACUUCUAAAUGGUCAGCCAAGAUUACCAUCACUGUGGUAUGUGCCCAGGGCUUACAAGCCAAGGACAAAACAGGAUCCAGUGACCCUUAUGUGACUGUGCAAGUUGGUAAAACCAAGAAGCGUACCAAGACCAUUUUUGGAAACUUGAAUCCUGUUUGGGAGGAGAAGUUCCAUUUUGAGUGCCAUAACUCCUCUGACCGCAUUAAGGUACGUGUGUGGGAUGAGGAUGAUGACAUCAAAUCAAGAGUAAAGCAGCGGCUAAAGCGAGAGUCUGAUGAUUUCCUUGGCCAAACCAUCAUCGAGGUUCGGACACUGAGUGGCGAGAUGGAUGUCUGGUACAAUCUGGAGAAGAGGACAGACAAGUCAGCCGUCUCGGGAGCUAUUCGACUACAGAUCAAUGUGGAGAUCAAGGGGGAGGAGAAGGUAGCCCCGUACCAUGUGCAGUAUACAUGCCUCCAUGAGAACCUUUUCCAUUAUCUCACAGACAUUCAGGGUAGUGGAGGAGUCCAGAUUCCUGAGGCUCGAGGAGAUGAUGCAUGGAAGGUGUACUUUGAUGAGACAGCCCAAGAAAUUGUGGAUGAAUUUGCCAUGCGCUAUGGCAUUGAGUCCAUAUAUCAGGCUAUGACGCAUUUUGCAUGUUUGUCAUCCAAAUACAUGUGUCCUGGUGUGCCAGCAGUGAUGAGCACCUUACUGGCCAACAUCAAUGCCUACUAUGCCCACACAACCGCCUCUACCAAUGUCUCUGCAUCUGACCGCUUUGCAGCCUCCAACUUUGGGAAAGAGAGAUUUGUAAAACUUCUGGACCAGCUGCACAACUCACUGAGGAUAGACCUCUCUACAUACAGAAAUAAUUUCCCUGCUGGGAGCCCUGAGCGGCUUCAGGAUUUAAAAUCCACAGUGGAUUUGCUGACCAGCAUUACUUUCUUCAGAAUGAAGGUACAAGAACUGCAGAGCCCUCCAAGAGCCAGCCAGGUGGUAAAGGAUUGUGUGAAGGCCUGUUUGAACUCCACAUAUGAGUAUAUCUUCAACAACUGCCAUGACUUAUACAAUCGCCAGUAUCAGCUGAAGCAGGAGCUACCUCUAGAGGAACAAGGUCCCAGCAUUCGGAACCUGGAUUUUUGGCCCAAACUCAUCACACUCAUUGUGUCAAUCAUAGAGGAAGAUAAAAAUUCCUAUACACCUGUUCUGAACCAGUUUCCUCAGGAAUUGAAUGUGGGAAAAGUCAGCGCAGAAGUGAUGUGGCAUCUGUUUGCCCAAGACAUGAAAUACGCAUUAGAGGAGCAUGAGAAAGACCGGCUGUGUAAGAGUGCCGACUACAUGAACCUGCACUUCAAGGUGAAGUGGCUCCACAAUGAAUAUGUGCAGGAUCUGCCUGCCCUCCAGGGGCAGGUGCCUGAGUACCCAGUGUGGUUUGAGCAGUUUGUGCUACAGUGGCUGGAUGAGAAUGAGGAUGUAUCCCUUGAAUUCCUGCGUGGGGCCCUGGAACGAGAUAAGAAGGAUGGGUUCCAGCAGACAUCAGAGCAUGCACUCUUUUCCUGCUCUGUGGUGGACAUCUUCACGCAGCUCAAUCAGAGCUUUGAGAUCAUCCGGAAGCUGGAAUGCCCAGACCCCAACAUCCUUGCCCACUACAUGAGGAGAUUUGCUAAGACCAUCGGGAAAGUGCUGAUGGAAUAUGCAGACAUCUUAUCGAAGAGCUUCCCAGAUUAUUGCACAAAAGAGAAACUGCCCUGCAUCCUGAUGAACAACAUGCAGCAAUUGAGGGUCCAGUUGGAGAAAAUGUUUGAAGCCAUGGGAGGCAAGGAGCUAGAUCCUGAAGCUGCAGACAGUCUGAAGGAACUGCAGGUGAAACUGAAUACAGUUCUGGAUGAGCUCAGCAUGGUGUUUGGAAACAGCUUCCAGGUGCGGAUCGAUGAGUGUGUUCGACAAAUGGCAGAUAUCCUGGGCCAGGUACGGGGCACAGGAAAUGCGUCCCCCAACUCCAGGGCUUCAGUGGCUCAGGAUGCAGAUAGUGUGUUGCGGCCUCUCAUGGACUUUCUGGAUGGCAACCUCACACUCUUUGCCACUGUGUGUGAGAAGACAGUUCUGAAGCGUGUCCUGAAGGAGCUCUGGCGGGUGGUGAUGAACACAAUGGAAAGAAUGAUUGUUCUGCCACCCCUCACAGACCAAACGGGCACCCAGUUGAUCUUCACUGCUGCCAAGGAGCUGAGCCAUCUUUCCAAACUCAAGGACCAUAUGGUGCGAGAAGAAACACGGAAUCUCACUCCAAAGCAGUGUGCUGUCCUCGACCUGGCCCUGGACACCAUCAAGCAAUACUUCCACGCGGGAGGCAAUGGACUAAAGAAAACCUUCCUGGAGAAGAGCCCAGAUCUGCAGUCUCUACGCUAUGCUCUAUCUCUGUACACACAGACUACAGACACUCUCAUCAAGACCUUUGUGCGCUCCCAGACUGCCCAGGCAUCUGGUGUGGAUGAUCCUGUGGGAGAAGUCUCUAUUCAGGUGGACUUAUUUACACACCCUGGUACUGGGGAGCACAAGGUUACAGUGAAAGUGGUGGCUGCCAGUGAUCUCAAGUGGCAGACAGCAGGUAUGUUCCGCCCUUUUGUGGAAGUGACCAUGGUUGGCCCACACCAAAGUGAUAAGAAGAGGAAAUUCACAACCAAAUCCAAGAGCAACAACUGGGCCCCCAAGUAUAAUGAGACAUUUCACUUCCUCCUGGGAAAUGAAGAGGGUCCAGAGGCCUAUGAGUUGCAGAUAUGUGUGAAGGAUUACUGCUUUGCCCGGGAGGAUCGUGUGCUAGGGCUGGCUGUGAUGCCUCUGAGGGAUGUGGCAGCCAAGGGCAGCUGUGCCUGCUGGUGCCCGUUGGGCCGGAAGAUCCACAUGGAUGAGACAGGCAUGACCAUUCUCCGGAUUCUGUCUCAGAGAAGCAAUGACGAGGUGGCCCGAGAGUUUGUGAAACUCAAAUCAGAGUCCCGUUCCAUGGAAGAAGGCAGCUGAACACUCUUGGUGGUCAGCUGCUGGUCCCCUCAUAGAUGUUCAACCCUACAGAAGGAGCUUGGACUCUGAUCCCUCUGUACAGACUGGAUGGAGAGGGCCUCAACAUUCCAUGGGAGGUCAGACAAAUUCUUGCAGAGGGUCAGAUGGACUUCCCAGGCCCUUGCUCAGAGAUGUGACAUGAUCCUCUUGGAUUUCCUCAAUAGCAACCUCCUGAACUUCCUGAGGACUCAGCAUUGUCCACAGCUGUACUGGCCAAUACGUGAAACAAGAAACCAAGCAUCUUUGCUGUUUUUAAUUAUUGUAUGUGCCAUUGUUACAGGAAAUUAUAGGCUAGUCUGUAAUAAAUUAUCUUAUAGCA